CCCCUGAAGUGCUCUUCCGGCACUGGUUGCCGGCGUGCGUUUGAACGCUUCUAGUAGUGGUGCUGGUUGCUGGGCAGAGCCGGAGCUGCGGGACCUUCGCGCCUGUUCUGCGCUCGCCAUGAGGCUGCUGGGAACCGCCGCCGCUGCCGCCGCCGCGGCUGUGGAGAGCCGGCCGCUCCCGCGGGUCCCCGCCGCCCUGGGCUGGCAAUGGAAGCAGGCUAAUUGGAAGAUUUGCCGAUGGUGUUCAUCAGGGGUGAUUCCUAAUGAAAAGAUACGAAAUAUUGGAAUCUCAGCUCACAUUGAUUCUGGGAAAACUACAUUAACAGAACGAGUGCUUUACUACACUGGCAGAAUUGCAAAAAUGCAUGAGGUAAAAGGUAAAGAUGGAGUUGGUGCUGUCAUGGACUCCAUGGAACUAGAAAGACAAAGAGGAAUCACUAUUCAGUCAGCAGCCACCUAUACCAUGUGGAAAGAUGUCAAUAUCAACAUUAUAGAUACUCCUGGGCACGUGGACUUCACAAUAGAAGUUGAAAGAGCCCUGAGGGUGCUGGAUGGUGCCAUCCUUGUUCUCUGCGCGGUUGGAGGGGUGCAGUGCCAGACCAUGACUGUUAAUCGUCAGAUGAAGCGCUACAGUGUUCCAUUUCUAACUUUCAUUAACAAACUUGACCGAAUGGGCUCCAACCCAGCCAGGGCCCUGCAGCAAAUGAGGUCUAAACUAAGUCAUAAUGCAGCAUUUGUGCAAUUACCCAUUGGUUUGGAGGGUGAUUUUAAAGGUAUUAUAGAUCUUAUUGAGGAACGAGCCAUCUAUUUUGAUGGAGACUUUGGUCAGGUUGUUCGAUAUGGGGAAAUUCCAGCAGAAUUCAGGGCAGCGGCAGCUGACCACCGGCAGGAGCUGAUUGAAUGUGUUGCUAAUUCAGAUGAGCAACUUGGAGAGAUGUUUCUGGAAGAAAAAAUCCCCUCAAUUUCUGAUUUAAAGCUCGCAAUUCGAAGAGCCACUCUAAAUAGGUCAUUUACUCCUGUCUUUUUGGGAAGUGCCUUGAAGAACAAAGGAGUUCAGCCUCUUUUAGAUGCUGUUUUAGAAUACCUCCCAAAUCCAUCUGAAGUCCAAAAUUAUGCUAUUCUCAAUCAGGAUGACUCACAAGAGAAAACCAAAAUCUUAAUGAACCCCAAAAGAGACAAUUCCCAUCCAUUUGUAGGUCUGGCUUUUAAACUGGAGGCAGGUCGAUUUGGACAGUUAACUUAUGUUCGAAAUUAUCAAGGACAGUUGAAGAAGGGUGAUACCAUCUAUAAUACCAGGACGAGAAAGAAAGUACGGGUGCAACGACUGGUUCACAUGCAUGCCGACAUGAUGGAGGAUAUUGAGGAAGUGUUUGCCGGAGACAUCUGUGCAUUGUUUGGCAUUGACUGUGCUAGUGGAGACACAUUCACAAACAAAGAUAAUAGUGGCCUUUCUAUGGAGUCAAUUCAUGUUCCUGAUCCUGUCAUUUCAAUAGCAAUGAAGCCUUCUAACAAGAAUGAUCUGGAAAAAUUUUCAAAAGGUAUUGGCAGGUUUACAAGAGAAGAUCCCACAUUUAAAGUCCACUUUGACACUGAGAGCAAAGAGACAAUUGUAUCUGGAAUGGGAGAAUUACACCUGGAAAUCUAUGCUCAGAGGAUGGAAAGAGAAUAUGGCUGUCCUUGUACCACAGGAAAGCCAAAAGUUGCUUUCAGAGAAACCAUUACGGCCCCUGUCCCGUUUGAGUUUACACAUAAAAAACAAUCAGGUGGUGCAGGCCAGUUUGGAAAAGUGAUAGGUGUACUGGAGCCUCUGGACCCAGAGAACUACACUAAGUUGGAGUUUUCAGAUGAAACAUUUGGGUCAAAUGUUCCAAAGCAAUUUGUGCCUGCCGUAGAAAAGGGGUUUUUGGAUGCCUGCGAGAAGGGCCCUCUGUCUGGUCACAAGCUCUCUGGGCUCCGGUUUGUCCUGCAAGAUGGAGCGUAUCACAUGGUGGAUUCCAAUGAAAUCUCUUUCAUCCGCGCAGGAGAAGGUGCUCUUAAACAAGCCCUGGCAAAUGCCACAUUAUGUAUUCUUGAACCUAUUAUGUCUGUGGAAGUUGUAGCUCCACAUGAAUUUCAGGGACCAGUGAUUGCAGGAAUUAACCGGCGCCAUGGAAUAAUCACGGGACAAGAUGGAAUUGAGGACUAUUUUACGCUAUAUGCAGAUGUCCCUCUAAAUGAAAUGUUUGGUUAUUCUACUGAACUUAGGUCAUGCACAGAGGGGAAGGGAGAAUAUACAAUGGAGUACUGCAGAUAUCAGCCAUGUUCACCAGCUACACAAGAAGACCUUAUCAAUAAGUAUUUGGAAGCUACAGGUCAACUUCCUGUAAAAAAAGGAAACGCCAAGAACUAACUUUCCUCACUUUGUUGACUAACUUUAACUGUAUCUGCAAGGUUUAGAUACGUUAAUGGAUUCAUGGAAUAAAUUCAGCCUGAAAAGAAGUAAUUUUAGAAGCCCUUCCUAUUAUAUUCAGGAGCUUCUGUUAUAUCAUAGUUAAUUCUGUGUAUAUCUCAACUGUUGAUUGGUUUUAUACCUCAAAUAAAAUAUGAUUAUUACUGAAAUAUAUUUAAUAUUUAUUUGAGGGAGGAAGAGACUUAUUUUUGUUAUACUUAAUAGGCUUAGAACAUGUAUAAACGUCCAAAUUUUUUCAUCAUAAGAAUUUUCAACAUACAGAAAAGCUGAAAAAAUAGUACAAAGAACAGCCAUAUACCUUCCAUCUAGACUCAACAAUGAACAAUUUUGUUAAGUGUUUAUUGGAUAAUAAUUUGUUUUGUCAUAUUUGCUUUAUCUGUUUGUCUAUUGUCCAUCUAUGUUGCAUACUUUCAUUCUUCAAGUUGUUUUGCUGUAUACUUGAAAGUGAAUUGCAUAUAUCAUGACACUUCUUGGAGUAUCACCUUUUUUGUUUAAGAGUGGAUUCCUUUGUGACAACCUGGAUAGCUAGCCCUAGAGGGUAUCAUGCUAAGUGAAAUAAGUCAGAGAAAGACAAAUACUGUAUGAUUUUACUUAAAUGUGGAGUCUAAAAAACAAAACAAGUGAACAAACAUAACAAAAUGGAAACAGCCUCACAGAUACAGAGAACAGACCAGUAGAUGGUGGUCAGAGGGGAGGGAGGAGCAGGAGGAGGAGUGAAAUAGGUGAGGGAGAUUAAAAGGUACAAAAUAAAUGAGGCACAGGGAUAAAGUGUUUUUUUUUUUUUUUUAAAUGGAUUGGAGAACACUUUUCAGAUUUUCUUUGGAAUAUUAAAAUGCUAGCUCAAUUUCUAGCUGUUUUAUAUAGAGCUGAUUGCUUCAGUCUGUGGCUUCUGCAGAUUUUUAACUGCUUGUUUUUAGGAGUAUAAAUGUUACUUUUUUGCAGACCUGUGAGGUAAAAAAAAAAAGGCCCUUGCACAUGCUGUUCUUGUCUAUGUUCAUUUUAAUGUUUCUGCAGCUUGGAAAUAAUAAAAUAUAACCUACAGGGUUGCUGGCUAGUCUAUUUCAUCCACCUAUUAAAUGCUAGUUGAAUUAGAGUCUGUUGGAAUGUAUCAUAUAUUGUAUUCAUUGAGAUUGUGAAAGAACAAAUGUUAAGCUGGAGUAUGUUGGACAUUGCCAGGGAGUUAGUUCUACCAUAUUGUUCAGAAUUGCUUCAUCCAAAAACCAUCUGAUGUGAAAGACAUAUCGUAGUCCUUUCCCUUAGUGGAUAAUAGACAUGAAAUAACUGUUUUAAACUCCUUUGUUUUUCUUGAUUUGUAGAUUUGGCUCUAUAACUUCAGGUUCCUAGAAAAAAAGACCUUUAAAAAGUAUUGAGCAAAUGUUUUCAAGGCAUUUGUUAAAUGCUUUAAAUGCAUUAUCCAUUUUAGUUUUCACAACCCUAUGAAACUAGGUACUAUUAUUAUGUCCAUUUUGUAAUAGAGGAGGCAAAAGCACAGAGAAGGUAAAUAACUUAUCUAAGACCACACAGCUCAUUAACUUUUCAAAUUGAUAAUGCAGUUAUGAUACUCAUCAAACCAAGAGCAUUUUCCCAUGAAUAUGUCUGUUGCUACAGUAGCAUCAAGCCUGAAAAGUUGUGUUGCUUUGGCAUUUCAUCAGCAUCUCAUGCUAUUCACACUGACUUUGAAUAUUGUUCCUGAUGAGGAAAUACCUUCAUAGAAUUUAGCACAGUUCCUCUUGCUGUUGCUAACAGUCAGAAAUAUUAGAACUAAGAUGUAUAAAUUUGGAAGUGCUUUUAACUUGUUAAAACAUUUUGGUUAUGAAGAUACGGUGCCAGAAGAGAGUCGAGAUAUCUAAUACAACACCAGCAUUUCAUAGGCAACGACACGGGCCCAGCUGGUGGGAGUAACUAGAAUAGGAUCACAUAGGAACCCAUCCAGGACCAGAACCCACAUCUUUUGUUAAUUCAUUAGUUUGGUUAGAGUUGGUAAAGACCACAUACCAGCCAAAGUCUGUAUAAGGAAAAAAUUAAUGAGAAUAUUCAUAAAUGAGGGUUUCUUUUAUACUACUGUUGUAAAGGAUGAUUGUUGGCUAAUUUAAAGACAGUAUUAUUUGUGUUGGAGAAUGGUAGCAGCACUAGGUCUGCUGCAGUAUCGCCCUGAUUCCCAACCCUGGCAGCACUUUAAAAAUUACUUGGGGAGCUUUAAAGAGAAAUACCCAGGCCAACCCCUAGAUACUCUGAUUCUUUGCAUCAAGAUCAAAAGUUUUCCAGCUUAUUCUAAUAUACAGGCAAGGUUAAAGACCAUUGCAGUAUAACCUGUACCUCCAAAACAUGAAAUGCAGGAUUUGUUCAGAUGUGUCACAUUAUUAAUAUUCUUUGGUGUGAUGUUAGUGAUUGGGCUAUUGGUUCCUAGCUUGGUAAGUUUAUCUUUAAAGGUGUACAGUCAAUUUUCUGUUAUUCCUUGCCUCCUUGCUCACUCUUAGAUUUACGUUGUGAAGUCACUAAAAUUUAAUACUGAAAUUUUAGGAUUUUUCAUAUUUUAGUACUUUGGAAAUCUGGAUGAGUCUUAAAAUUGAUGCCAGUGAAGUGAGGCAGCCACCAGGUAAGCAGUAAAUUGUGACAUGUAGGAAUAUAUCCCUUAGUAGAAAACAUCUACUUGCAUUGCUAAAACUAUCCGUUUUUGAAUUAGAGCUUUAAUUGCUGCUUAAAGUGUCUUCAAAUAAAACUGUAAUACAUCGUUGAAACAGUUCAUGUUUUCACAGGCAAUUUACUGUGAGCAUGGAUUCAUUUAUCCUUUCAAAUAAGUGCCAGGCAGCAUGCUAGUGAUUGUAGCACUUUGAAAGUUAGGAAAGGUCACAGAACAGGUCAUAGAAUUUUCUAGGCUGAGAGAAAUCAGUGUGAUAAACUCAUAUGUCAUGAAGCACUAUCAUUCAAGGGCCAAUAUAGAAACUUUCAAUUGACUUUCAAAAGAACUUAACUUCUAACUAUUCAUAACUCAGGUAGGAAAAACAAAACUAUAAGUAGAAUCAAAUGGAAUGCAGGCAAAAUCCUGGUGUUAAUUUGUAUGUCUUAAAAUUUUUGAAAAUUCUAAAGAGAUUAGGAAAAUAAAUGUGAUGCUGUUAUUGUCAUUGGGUCAGAGUGAUUCAGAAUUCUUUAGACUCUUAAUGAAUAAAAGAGGGCUUAGGGAAUUUAGAGGUUUUCAUUUUAUGUCAAGGCAGAUGAAGUAAUUUUUCUCCUCUGUUAGCUAGUAAAAUCAAGUCAGCAAUUUUAGAGUUUGUGCUAGAAAAGAUGUUCUGAUGGUGAUAUUGAGAAAUUUUUAGUUGGUUUAACUUAUAGGUUUUGUAAAUUUAUAAAUUAGGUAAUUUUUUUUUUGUAUGUCGUAUGUGUAGAAUUUGCCUUCAUAAUCUAUUAUACCGAAAUCUGUUAAAGGGUUACCACCUUAGCUUCCUUACCUGAUUGAAUUAUGGUCACAUUUGUGAGCCUAAUCUCACUAAUUUAAAAUGCCUUUACAAGGAUGAGAGGACUUUUAGAAAGUUGAGACAAGAAAGCUGAAACCCCUUUCUAGCUCUUAACGUGACACUGAAAGAUUAAAAAUCACAGGACAUUGAAUAUGCUCUUAUAAUGCUCUUGGCACUUUUUUUUCCAAGAUAUUUAGGGAACUUCAGUUAGAGGAGUUUAUUACUUGGUUCUGGCAUUGUUUAUCACUAGAUUGUUUGAUAUCUUAGGGAAAGUAUUUUCUCUGUAUUAUCAUAUAUGUGGGAGAUCUAAUGUUUUCUUUAAAUGAUUGUUUCCAGUGCUUUGGAAAACUUACAGUCCUUAACUCCAGAGGAUGUUGGGAAGAUGAAUGCAAAGGGGUUGGGGUCUUAAACAGAAUAAUACAUGAUCUGCCUCUGCUUAAAAGUAACAGUAUCAUUCAUCUUAUUUUUAUUUUGUAAGAGUCCAUGUCUUAAAAUUUUUUCUAUUUAGUAUAAACUUUUUCAGUUUUCUAAUACAUAAAGGUAACAUUUUGGUAUGUUUUAAAAAGGCUGAUGCUUCCUAACUAAUUACUGAUCAAGGAACCCGGCUAAAGGUUUUGAGACAUGAAUAUAAGCAUUCCAUUAAAUACUAAUUUUGAGAGGCAAAUGCUGGCCACGUUUCCUGGAUCAAUUCUUCCUGCCUUGGGGAGGUACUCCACAAAUCUGAUAAUGAAAUUACUAAGCUCUGUCGGUGCCACAGCUGAUCCCUCUUCAGUUCCAGAGGCUUCUUCUGGUGUCUGUAGCUCUUGACAGUGGGAAGGCAACUUGAGGUUACAGCUAGUAGGUGACAAGUGGGGAUUCAAACCCAGAUCUACUGACUCCACCACCGACAUCCUUCAUGCUGUACCACACUGCUUCUAAAACCAGCACAUUUUAUAGCUAUUUCUUAGCCCACUCUUCUCUCAGGCUGUGUUCAUUUGGGGCUGUGAAGUUUAUAAGGCUGCACUGCCUUACACAAUUGGAUUAAAAGGGAUAUUAAUGACAGAUGAUGGACAUCAAAGAAAGACUGGCUAGAAUGAGCGAGAAACGGGGCUGCUGUUUUCAAACCAUAGUACGUCCUGGUGUUUACUUAGGUGAUGUGUCAUUUAUAAAUGCAAAAGAAGAAUGGAAAACAAUGCCAUUAAAAGAUCCUAAUUUUUU